AUGGCCCGCCAUGGGAAAUUCAAGGCCCGUACUAGACGGGCACCAUCGGAUAGAGACCCAUCGCCACACCAGUUUACUAUGCAGCAAGAAGCUCGGAAUACUGAAACCCAUCAGCGAUCAUGGUCAGACAGCAACCUUCGUCACAAAUCCGUUCGCUUUGUGAGCGUAGGAAGCUUGGAACCGACAUUGGAACAAGCAGACGAGGAUCAGACAAAAUCAGACGCGGAUCGGGAAGAACCGAAGACCGACAAUAUACCGGACAAAAAAGCCGACAUUGAGGUCCCAUUCGUCUUCGACUCAAAGGGACAAGGGGCUGUUCAUACCGAGCACCCGGACCCAGUAUUGAAGUCCAAAAUAUCGGAUAUAGACGACUCGAGUGAGGAUGAGGUUGUGUUCACCGGCCGCAGGAGGAAUACAAAACCCGUUCUCAUCGAAACGCGUCAGAACGAGAUCCAAGAAAUUGUGCAGAAGACUACUGUGGCAUUUACGCAGAAACUACACACACCGACGUUAGACCAUAUGCCCCGGGACCCUUCGGCUGCCGCUACCCCUACAGGCAACCUUGAAUUCAACAUCGAGAGACCAGACUGGCCACCGGAAGAAGAGACCGACCCACUAGCCGACUAUAUCGCCAACAUCGACAAUGACUACCACGAGGAAGUGACAUCCGGUGCAAAGAUUAACCUAGAAGGUGGCAUUGAUGUCGAAAAAGCUGCAACGCAACUAGACCUGUCGGCCUCGAGCCCCACAGGCUCCAAAAUUGAAUCACCCAAAUCACUAGCUCAAAUGCAAAUUGACACCGAACAUGAUUCAAUUCCAACAUCAAGCGAAGAUGACGAGGACGAUAUGGUCAUCUCUGGAUCAGACGACGACACCCUUGAAGACUUUGUGCUACUUGAGGACCUGGCAAACGGAUAUUCUGGGUCCACCAAGAAGGGUUCCCGUUAUGGAAAGCCUUCAUUUCCGUCGGCAUCGGCACUUGUGGAUGCUCUUGAGGCUGACCCGUAUUUCGGGUUUGACAUAAUGGACUUUGACCGAUCAAGUCUACGGAAAAAAACCAAGGGCAAGCAGUCCAUCCCCGACCCAGUACUAUCGGACAGUGAGUUCGAAAUCGAGCUACAGGAGGCCUGGCAAAACGACCGGACCAAAAAGAAGCUGCGGAAGAUGGAGCGGGCAGAGCUCCGGGCGCAAGGACUAUUAGGCAGAAAAGCAGGGAACCCAGACCUCAAGGUCAAGUACCCUAAAGAAAUGAACAUGGAGGAAUUUAUGACCGAGAUUCGCUCAUUCCUUAUGUCUGCUAAAAAUAGCCUGUCCUUGCCACCCAUGACCAAGCAACGCAGAAAGUUGAUACAUGAAUUGGCCAAUGCGCUGAAUCUGAAAUCACAGUCACGCGGCCAUGGACUUUCUCGCUUCCCGGUCCUCAAUAAGACGGUGCGCACCCCGCGAUACACACCAAAGACUAUAUCCAACGUUGACGAGCUCUUAUCCGGGAGGAAGUUUAACCGUCGGUUGUUCAAAUCAUGGGGCACGGAAGUGCCGAAAUUCUCCCAGACCAAGCGUGGAAAGUCUGGUGCUGCUUCAUAUAUGGAUGGCGAUGUGGUGGGCGCCUCUGCUCCGGAAAUCGGAGCUGAAAACCGAGGUCGGGCUAUGCUGGAGAAGAUGGGAUGGAGUACAGGGACUGCUCUGGGUGCCGCCGACAACAAGGGAAUUCUGCAGCCUGUCGCGCAGGUCGUGAAGAACUCGCGGGCUGGGUUGGGUUAG